AUGUCCCGCAGCGCGGCGGCCAGCGGUGGACCCAGGAGGCCUGACCAGCAUCUGCCCCCAGCCCCCUGUGGGGCCUUGGGGCCCCCUGCAACCUCCAGGACGGAGCCAGACGGCGCAGGCACCAUGAACAAGUUACGUCAGAGCCUGCGGCGGAGAAAGCCAGCCUAUGUACCUGAGGCCUCGCGCCCGCACCAAUGGCAGGCGGACGAGGACGCAGUACGGAAGGGCACGUGCAGCUUUCCGGUCAGGUACCUGGGCCACGUGGAGGUGGAGGAGUCCCGGGGGAUGCAUGUGUGUGAAGAUGCUGUGAAGAAGUUGAAGGCGAUGGGCCGGAAAUCUGUGAAGUCUGUCCUGUGGGUGUCAGCCGAUGGGCUCCGAGUGGUGGAUGACAAGACCAAGGACCUGCUGGUAGACCAGACCAUUGAGAAGGUUUCCUUUUGUGCUCCUGACCGCAACCUGGACAAGGCUUUCUCCUACAUCUGCCGUGACGGGACCACUCGACGCUGGAUCUGCCACUGUUUCCUGGCCCUGAAGGACUCUGGUGAGAGGCUGAGCCACGCCGUGGGCUGCGCUUUCGCGGCCUGCCUGGAACGAAAACAGAGGCGUGAAAAGGAAUGCGGGGUCACAGCCGCCUUCGAUGCCAGCCGCACCAGCUUCUCCCGCGAGGGCUCCUUCCGCUUGUCUGGAGGCGGGCGGCCCACAGAGCGUGAGGCUCCAGACAAAAAGAAAGCAGAGGCAGCAGCAGCCCCCACUGUGGCUCCAGGCCCUGCCCAGCCUGGACAUGUAUCUCCGACACCAGCCACCACGUCCCCUGGCGAGAAGGGUGAGGCAGGCACCCCGGUGGCUGCGGGCACCACUGCAGCUGCCAUCCCCCGGCGCCAUGCCCCUCUGGAGCAGCUGGUUCGCCAGGGCUCCUUCCGUGGGUUCCCCGCGCUCAGCCAGAAGAACUCACCUUUCAAACGGCAGCUGAGCCUGCGGCUGAACGAGCUGCCUUCCACACUGCAGCGCCGGACUGACUUCCAGGUGAAGGGCACAGUGCCUGAGAUGGAGCCUCCGGGUACCGGUGACAGUGAUGGCAUCAAUGCUCUGUGUACACAGAUCAGCUCGUCUUUUGCCAGCACAGGGGCACCAGCAGCAGGUCCACCACCUGCUCCAACAGGGACUUCUGCCUGGGGCGAGCCCUCCGUGGCCUCUGCAGCUACCUUCCAGCCCGGGCACAAGCGGACACCUUCAGAGGCUGAGCGAUGGCUGGAGGAGGUGUCCCAGGUGGCCAGGGCCCAGCAGCAGCAGCAGCAGCAGCAAGGAGCCUCGGUGCCCCCUGUGCCCACCAUGCUUCCCUCCCUGCAGCCCUUCCCCGCCCCAGUGGGGCCCUUUGACACAGCACCUGCGCAGGUGGCCGUGUUCCUGCCGCCCCCACAUAUGCAGCCCCCCUUUGUGCCCGCCUACCCAGGCCUGGGCUACCCACCCAUGCCCCGGGUACCUGUGGUGGGCAUCACACCCUCCCAGAUGGUGGCCAAUGCCUUCUGCUCAGCUGCCCAGCUCCAGCCCCAGCCCGCCACCCUGCUUGGGAAAGCUGGGGCCUUCCCACCCCCUGUUGUGCCCAGUGCCCCUGGAGGUCAGGCCCACCCACGCCCCAAUGGGGCCCCCUGGCCCCCUGAGCCAGCACCUGCCUCGGCCCCUGAGCUGGACCCCUUCGAGGCCCAAUGGGCAGCGUUAGAAGGUAAAUCCACCACAGAGAAGCCUGCCAACCCCUUCUCUGGUGACCUGCAGAAGACCUUCGAGAUUGAACUGUAG